AGACCUUCCUGAACCGAAAAUGAGCUCGGCAAAGAAACAGGGCGAUCUGAAAGGUGAUAUGACCGUAUGAUCGUCUGAUCUCUGGCCUCAUCUGUAGCAGCUUGUGCGAUGCCCUUGUUUUGUCCCGUGCCUUUUCUGGAGCAUCCAUUCCAGCUGUAACGCAAAUCAAAAAUUGCGGGCCAAUUCAGCUCUUCCCUCAUAUACGCCCGAACAAUGUCAGACCGGCCAGCAUCACCGCCGCCGGAGGAGCGCGCACGCCUGGAUAAGGAAGCUAAAGCAAAGGAGCUGGAAGAGCAGAGCAAGCUGCCCUACAAAUGGACGCAAACCAUCGGUGAUCUCGACCUUACUGCGCCCAUUCCCGGCAACCUCAAGGGCAAAGAUCUUGAUGUUAAACUCACCAAGGACAGCCUGAAGGCCGGAAUCAAGGGUCAGGAACCGAUCAUUAAUGGCACACUACCACACCACAUCCUCGUCGACGAGUCGGCGUGGACCCUCGAGUCCACGCCUGAAGGCAAAGAGUUGAGCAUCCACCUGGACAAGGCCAACAAGAUGGAGUGGUGGGCUCACGUGGUCACCUCGGCGCCCAAGGUCGACACCAGCAAGAUCUCUCCGGAGAAUAGCAAGUUGAGCGACCUGGACGGCCAGACGCGCUCUAUGGUGGAGAAGAUGAUGUACGACCAGAACCAGAAGCAGAUGGGCAAGCCGACGAGCGAUGAACAGAAGAAGAUGGAAUUGUUGAAGAAAUUCCAAGCCCAGCACCCAGAGAUGGAUUUCUCCAAUGCGAAGAUCAGUUAAGCAUGGAGCCAGUCACUCCCCAAGGAUUAUCCAUUUGAUUUCGCGAGCGGGAAAUAAGUCCAAUUGAUGAUGAUAUGGGAAACGAAUGGAAAUGAACAAACUGUACUGGUCAGAGGUGUCUUCGAACGACAAGGAAGUCCGCUGAGUUCGUGCAACACCCGAGUUCAUGCCCAGACUACAGUCUCGUAUGAAGCUGCGCUCCUAACCAUUUGCGCUCAGUGAACUCGAAAUGCCAAGCUGCUCAUGUUUGUGAUAUGCCGCUCCCUCUACGUCUAAUUCACAUCACAUUUUCGUCCAUUUCAAACACGCCCCUACAUUCACAAUGCACCUCUUCAGUCAACAUCAUCAUCAUUCGUCGAGGGCGCAGCAGCGGGAGCUGUCUCUUUGGUAGGCUCUGGCUUCUCAUGUCCGUCCUUAGGUACCAACGAGAAGACAACCACGAACAGCGUCUCGUCGGUC